UUAGCUUUAUAAGAAACAGAAUUAAAUCUUAAGAUGGCAGAAGAUAUAGAGGACGUGUCAUUCCUACCAGGUGACUCCUUGAACAGGAAGUCCUUGUAUGAGCCAUCUAUUCCCCAGCGAUAUCGACAACUGGUCUGUAGCCAAAGGAAGGCCAUAGUCUUUGUAGUAAUGAUGGGAAUUUUUAUACUCAUAAUCGCACUAAUUGCUGCAUUUGCGAGAUCUGGAUCUAGGACCUGUGCUGAUCAAUCCACAGAAUCAAAAACAUCCACGUCUGUUCAGGUUGAAGAUUACAUUGCUACUAAUGGGGAAAAAUUUCCUUGGAGAGAUGUACGACUUCCAACAUCAGUUUCUCCAUUGGAAUAUGAUAUCCAUCUUCAUCCAAAUCUCACACAAAGAAAAUUCUCAGGAAAAGUGACAAUUAAGUGUAAAGUUGUAAAACCAACAGACUUUGUUGUGUUACAUUCCAAAGAUUUAACCAUUUCCAAGAUUUCGCUGACAGUUUUACCUGAGAGCAUAGAGAAGAAAAUAUCAAAGAAGUUGGAGUAUAUUAAAAAUGAACAGAUAUAUUUAAAAUUAGAGUCAAGCAUUCCUGUUGGAAAAAACAUUUUAAUCACAGUGGAUUUUGAGGCAAAGUUGGUAAAGAAAUUAUCUGGAUUUUAUCUGAGUUCAUAUGAAGAUAGCAAAAAAGUUACAAGGUAUCUUGCUGUCACACAGUUUGAGGCCACUGCAGCCCGGGAAGCAUUUCCAUGUUUUGAUGAGCCAGCCAUGAAAGCAAAGUUUUCUAUGUCUAUUGUGAGAGAUAAAGACUUCAUUUCACUGUUUAACAUGCCCCUGGUAUCUUCUAAACCCACCAAUGACAACCUAAUGUUGGACCAAUUCCAACAGACUGUUAAGAUGAGCACAUACUUGGUGGCAUUCAUCGUGUGUGACUUUGCUUCCAUUACAAAUAAAACCAGGGCAGGGACUGAUGUGACAGUGUAUGCUCCUCGAGACCAGAUAGAUGAGGCUCAAUAUGCCUUACAUGUAGCAGUCAAUGUGUUGGAAUGCUAUAAUAAACUAUUUGACAUUCCAUACCCUUUGCCAAAACAAGAUUUAGUAGCCAUUCCUGAUUUCUCUUCUGGUGCUAUGGAGAACUGGGGACUGAUAACAUACAGAAUGACAGCAGUGCUGUACGAUCCUAAACACUCCUCAACUCGAGACAAGGAGUGGGUUGCCAUAGUGGUGGCUCAUGAACUCGCUCAUCAGUGGUUUGGAAACUUGGUGACAAUGGAAUGGUGGGAUGACUUGUGGCUCAAUGAAGGAUUUGCGACAUUUGUAGAAUUCCUGGGAACAGAAUCACUGAAUGAAUCCUGGGCAAUGGAGAAUCAGUUUUUUGAGCUGACACUGACCCCGGCUUUGAAGCGGGAUAGUUUGAAGAGCUCCCACCCUAUAGCCACACCUGUUCAUAAUCCGGACCAGAUUAAUGACUUGUUUGACUCCAUUUCAUAUUUUAAGGGAGCUUCUGUUAUUCGAAUGUUGAGAAGCUUUCUUGGAAAUACUGAUUUCAACAGUGGUAUUAGCAAUUACCUGAAGAAGUAUAAAUAUAGUAAUGCAGUGACUAAUGACUUGUGGCAGGCCCUGUCAGAGGCUUCAAAGCAGAAAAUAGAUGUUACAUCAGUGAUGAACACAUGGACAAAGCAGAUGGGAUACCCUGUUGUGACGUUGAGUCAACAGGGGUCAAAGGUCAGCAUCAGUCAGAGUCGUUAUCUCAGCUUCCACAACUCCACCAUCAAGGAAGAAUUUCAGUCACCGUUCAGCUACAAUUGGCAUGUGCCUUUUAUAUAUGGUGUGAUGGAUAAUAAUGGAAAUUUUGCCAAGAACAAAAUAUGGCUCCACAUGACAUCAGCUUCUAUAAAUUUGAAUAACGGAGUAAAGUUGGUGAAGGGUAACUAUGGCAACAGCGGAUAUUACAGAGUGAACUAUGACACGGUUAUGUGGCAGACAUUAAUACAACAAUUAACCAGCAAUCACAAGGUCUUUUCUCAAGGAGAUAGGGCUGGGUUGAUAAAUGAUGCCUUUGAGUUUGCAAGGUCUGGACUUAUAAAUGUCACGAUUCCUCUGCAAAUGACGAAAUACUUAGAAGAUGAGGAAGAUUACCUCCCCUGGAGUGUGGCUAUUUCUGGUCUGUCCUAUAUAAAACAGAGGAUACAAGACAGAGAUGAAGUCAUGCUCCUCAAGAAGUAUGUUUUGAAAUUAAUGAAAAAACAACUGACCAGGCUUGGGUGGAAAAGUGAAGGAGCGUAUUUAACAAGACGCCUUCGUUCCCUACUUAUAUAUGUUGCUUUAGAAUAUGGAGAUGCUGAGGUUGUGAAGGAAGCCACAGAUCAAUUUAAAAAGUGGAUGCAAAACACGGAAAAAAUCGAUCCAGAAUUGCAGGAUGUGAUUUUUGAUGCAGGUGUUAUGUAUGGUUCAGAAACAGAAUGGACAUUUGUUAAGAACCAAUAUUUAACUAUCCUGGUGCCAUCAAAGAAAAAACAGUUAAUGAAAGCUCUGGCAAAAUCUAAAGAUGACUCCAUACUUGCAAGGUACCUGAACUAUGCACUAGACAGUAAAAUCAUUAAACAUCAAGAUAUUGCAACAGUGAUAAAUUAUGUAGGUGGAAAUACAGAUGGCCGACUCUUGGCGUGGAGAUUUGUUCAAAGGAACUGGCAGAAGCUAAGGAGAUGGUUUGGAGAUGUCCCUUUCACCCUCUCUAGCAUUAUAGAGGGCAGCACAAGUGAAUUUUCUACCCAGUUUGAUCUUGAAGAGGUUCAGAAAUUUUUCCAAGAACAUGAUGCAGGACCAGGAACAAGGUCAGUACAGAUGGCGCUAGAAAAUAUUCAGAUGAACAUACAGUGGCUAGAGCAGAAUGGUGAAACUGUCAUAACAUGGCUGCAGGCGAAAACAAGAUAGGAGUUCUACCUCAGAAAAAAGGUCAACAUAUAGAAAGUAAUGAAGAGGUUGUGUCUACAUAACUUGUUCAUUAAACUGAACGGUUUGAUAAAGCCAUAGUUAACUAUAAAUUAGAUAAGAUCUGAUGGGAAUAUUAUUUGAACUUGUUUUUAGUUGUUCAAAAGUAAAUACUCUUACUUCUGUAUUUUGAGAACUACAUGUACAUGUAAUAUGAUUUAUUUGUUUUAUUGCAUUCUAUAUGAACAUGUAUAGUAUGUACAAUUUGGUGUUGAUCAUCAAUUUAAUAUUGCUUUUAACAAUAUGUACUUAAGUAUCAAAGAUACUGAACUUUAAAUAUUACUAAAUAUAAGUAUGUGCAAAAUGUAAUUGAUUUUAAACAGUUUGGGAAUAGGAAGUGCUUUAUUAUAACUAUGCUUAGAUGAUUAUAUUGUUUGGGCUAAAAACUUCUCAGAAAGUGCAAGUUUUUUUUAUGUGUUUUACAUGAUGCAUUAAUUGAUUCAGAAAAGCUUUUUAAUAAGCAUUAGAAGGGCUGAAAAUUUCUGAGCAUUGAAAUUCACAGUACACAAUAAAAGUCAUAGAAAAUAAAGAAAUGUAUUAAAAAGCUAAGAAUUAAAAUAAGGUGAUCCCCUCCUCCUCCUCUCCCCCCCCCCCCCUUUUAAUGAAAAUACAUGUAUAAGCCAAAAGGUACAACCAAGAAUAUUGAAGUGAAAUUAUUGAAAGUACCUCUAAUAAAAACUGUUAUUAUAAAUAAAUAAUCAAUAUUAUUCAGAUAUCUCUUUCUUAUGAUUGGUACAAGAACAAUGUCACUGAGAUUGAUUAAUGUAUUUUUAAGGGUAAGCAGUCUGCUUAAAUUCAAUGCCAGGGACCCCAAUGCCAAUUCCUAGCUUAUUUGGUUUUGAGACCCAUGACAGAAAAUUAAAUGUGGCAUCUGAUGCAUGUAUGUCUUUCUAAAAUCAAUUUGUUAUAUACACUAUUUUACAACAUGUACUCCAUGCAUUGGCAGGCAUUCAGACUUUAGUUCUGUAAAGAAUAGAGAGUGUGAUUUUAAUUAAUUAGAUUAGUUUAAUACUUAUUUAUAUGGACAAAUUCAUCCUUUAUUAAAACAAAAAAGUAUUACUGAUUUGAUAUAUCGGUAUACAUGUAUAUUCUUAUAUUCAAGAACUGUUUUUUGCAAUUUCAUUGAUAAUUCAACUGUAACUGCUUUGUUAAAUAGGUCUUUACAUAUAGUUAAUUGAUAUGUGACACUGUGGAAUCAUUUGAAUUUGUGGGGGUCAAUGUUUGACAUUUCAAAUUUUACUGGUUAGUGGGGACAUGCAUUUUGUGGGUAACUUGUACAUGUAUAUACAGAAGAUUCAGUGACCAAUAAGUUCUUUAAGAUACAUGUAUCAGUUGUUGGGAUGUAAAUUGUGGUUAUAUUAAGGGCUCCCACAAACAAUGAUGAUUCAACAGUUAUUAUUAUAAUAAAAAAUUACAUGAGCAUAGACCAUUUCAUUUCUGAGAAAAUUAACAGUGGAAUUUUGAUGAGGGAAGUUUAUCAUUUCAUGUUAUGAUAUUUGCAUUCAUGUGAUGAAUGUAAUUUUGCAAUUUUCCCCUGGUUUCAGAGAGACAGCUAUGAAGCAAUCUGUCUGUCUACCAAAUAAUUUGAUUAAAUAAGUAAUUUCAAUGUGUUUGAAGAUGAGUGCUUUGAUUUUGUAUAUUUUUAUACAACCUUUCAGUAAAUUGUCAAAAUUUGAGCUAGUUGAAUUGAACUGUUCAAUAACUAUAAUAAAGAGUAGGGGUAGGAAUUCGGUGAAGAAUGGUAGGCUUGUUCAAAUUUAUUGUUUCUGGGGUACUUGCUUUGAACUUUAAAUGUAUUAAUAUUGAUAUUAUUUCAAAGACACUCCACAUUCCAAUUUUAUAGAGGACUGGGAUGAAAUGAUUGAUGUGCAAUAUUAGCCAAAGCUGACAAUGUUUGCUUAUCUCUUUUAUAUGCUGAUAUGUAUUGUUUGUUUAUUUUUUCUUUCUUUCUUCCUUUUUUUUUUGGUUUGCAAUUUUUUUUCUUAUCCCUAAAAUACUAUUGCAAUCUUGUACAUGUUUUGUUAAUUAUUGUUUGUUUACCAGUUUUCUUUUUAUUCUUGAUAACUUACCUGUUACUUUCAAUCAAUAUAUUUCAAAUCAUAUUCCUACAAUCAAUUUUUUUUAAAAAAAUUUUGCUAAUGACUUUGAUGUUUGUUUAAUAAAAGAAAAUGUCACAUUUCUUCUCUAUAUUU